GUUUGAGGGAUGGCCAAGUCAACUUAGACGGGCUGAGCCGAUGGUGAUGACGGCCCAGCUAAUCCGAAUUCCUUCCUGGCCCGGUCAUCAGUAGGACAGGCCAGAAAACUAUCCAAUCCAGCCCAGAUCACGCGGCAGCGGCAGCAGCAGCGUACCCCACCUCCACCGGGCUCCACGUCGGCCACCGCACCCACCGCCUCCCGUGUUCAAAAUUCGAACCGCCUAGCCGCCUCCUUCCUUAACGGUCGCCGUCCUCCUCCUCCUCCACCUCCACCUCUACCCCCGCCGCCUCGUCUCACCCUCUCUCGCUCCCAGUCUCCCUCGUCGUCUCCUCCUCCUCCUCCUCCAUCCGCCGCCGCCACCGGCCUCGUCCUCUCUCCUUCGAUGGCGACCGCCGCCGCCACGCAGUCGCAGCCGGUGCGCGUCGUGCUGCGGGUGCGCCCGCACCUCCCGUCCGAGGCGAACUCCGCGGAGGCGCCGUGCGUCGGGCUUCUCGGGAGCCACCCCGGCGGCGAGGUCACCGUCCAGCUCAAGGACCAGUACACCAGCCGGAACGAGUGCUAUAAGCUGGACGCUUUCUUCGGCCAAGAGAGCCGUGUCUGCGAGAUAUUCGAUCAGGAGGUCAGCGCCGUGAUCCCGGGAAUCUUCGAGGGGACCAACGCGACGGUCUUCGCCUAUGGCGCUACCGGCAGCGGCAAGACCUACACGAUGCAGGGCACUGAGGAUUUGCCGGGGCUCAUCCCCUUGGCGGUUUCGACCGUGUUGGCGCUAUGUACUGGCACAUGGUGCUCUGUUGAGAUCUCAUACUAUGAGGUAUACAUGGAGCGGUGCUAUGACUUGCUAGAGCCCAAGGCAAGAGAGAUCAUGGUGCUGGAUGACAAAGAUGGCAACUUACAGCUAAAGGGCUUGGCCUGGGUGCCUGUGCGAUCUCUGGAGGAAUUCCACGAGAUAUACUCUAUAGGAGUGCAGAGGAGAAAAGUUGCCCACACAGGCCUGAACGAUGUUUCAAGUAGGAGCCAUGCUGUGCUAUCGAUCAGGAUUACUACUGAUGUUGUUAAAGGGAAGCUUAACCUCAUCGACUUGGCUGGUAAUGAGGACAACCGGAGAACUUGCAAUGAGGGGAUCCGGCUACAAGAGAGCGCCAAGAUCAACCAGUCGCUGUUUGCGUUGUCUAAUGUCAUAUCGGCUCUCAACAAGAAAGAGCCACGGAUACCAUACAGAGAGAGUAAAUUGACCCGCAUACUGCAAGAUUCUCUUGGAGGCAAUAGCCAUGCUGUCAUGAUAGCAUGCCUUAAUCCCGUGGAAUACCAGGAGGCAGUCCACACAGUAAGCUUGGCUGCUCGUUCGCGCCAUGUUACGAACCACAUGAGUUCAGCAAGCAAGCAAGAGACUCCUAAAGAUAAGGUUGACAUGGAAGCCAAAUUGCGAGCUUGGUUGGAAUCCAAGGGGAAAACGAAGAGCAUACAAAGAAUGGAUGGACUUCUCUCCCCAAAUGCAAUCAAGACUCCUCUAUCCAUGAGCCAUAAGAAGCAAUCAGCAUCUGGCAGGGUUUCUGGUAGAGGUAAAGCAAUGGAUCAAGAUGGUGGUAAAAUCAAGAAGGUGCUUUUUGACUCAGCAGCCCGUAUUCCGGCUGAAAACUUCCACAGAGAGGGCACACAAGAUAUAGUAAAUACAACAAAGAAAGGUUUUUUUUUUCUAGACAUGCAGAAAAGUUGCAUUUUUAUAGUGAACAGAGAUUUCAGUGUGUAUUAUCUUGUCGUGGUGCUCCCUUCAUUAACUCCAUGCAAAGAGGACAAAACUGGAUCAUCUCUUAGGAAGGCACUUUCCCCCAUUUCUUCAAACAUGGAUCCUCAAAAGCAACGGACAGCUGAUGAUAGCAAUUGCUUGAUGUUGUUGGAGCUGAGAACUCCAAUGGGAUCAUGCAACAUAGUAGGGAAGGUCACAGGUGCUACACCCCUUGAUAAAUUUAUUGCACUUGGCUCUAACCUGAAGGAAUCUCUUAUUCAGCAAUACCUUGAUUUCUUAAAUGUUGCAAACAAGGAAGAACUACAGAAGUUGAAAGGCAUUGGUGAAAGGAGGGCAGAGUACAUUCUUGAGCUUCGAGAAGAUUCGCCCAGACCAUUUAAAUCUCUUUCAGAUUUGGGAAAUAUUGGUCUAUCAUCAAAACAGAUACAAGAUAUUUUGUGCAAGACAGCGACUGGAAUCUUCAAAUGAUCACCGGAAUGGAAAUGCCACCGAACUCUACCACUUUGAAGAUGCUGGCUCAUAUUAACGGUCAGAUUGUUGUGGGCUAUUGACUUGUGAUUAUCAGCCAGGUCUGCCGCUGAAUCAAGUUAGCUCCCUCCUGUAUUGCCGAAUUUAAGCAAUCUGUAGUUUGUGUACCAUCCAUGAUUCCUUGGGUGUAAUUGUAGCUGUAGUCAUCUGAUGUACUACUAGAGUAUGGAGCAAUGGUUGCUCCUCUCUGUUGUAGAUUUUCUCCGAGAAACCGCCGUUUAAUUUGAGCUGACUUGCACGAGCAGCAGGAAAUGAAAUUUGUGGAAUAUUUCUUGGUACC